AUGUCCUAUAACGUGCCAUUCCGAUCUUCCGCUGCGGAUCGCCCUUGCUCUGAACACCGAGAAUGGUCAGAGUCCGAGAAUAGCGAACAAUUUGAAGGAGACGAUGAUGAGAGAGAAUGGUAUAAUGGUGAUGGUGUUUGGCCCACACUUCCAGAGUUCGAUCUUUGCCGUCAAAUGAGUCGUCAGACAUGGCAGACUCUGGCCAUGAGAGGCUGCCGGGUCCACGAUACCACCAACGCUGGGGACCUACAAAUAUCUCGAUAG